UUUCAUACGUCGGUCUUGUAGUUCAUUUAAAGCUCCAUGUCGCUGUGAUUGUCACGCUUAAGUCAAUCUGUGCCUUUUAAAACAAUCAAAAUGGGUAAAAAGGGUAAAAAAGAAAAGAAACUUAAAGGAGCGGAGAAAACAGCCGCUAAAAUGGAGAAGAAGGUGUCAAAAAGAUCGAAAAGAGAGGAGGAGGAUUUAGAGGCUUUAAUAGCAGAAUUUCAGUCCCUGGACGCGAAAAAGACGCAGGUGUUGGAGACGGCGUGUCCCCCUCCGUCCCCCAGGUUGAACGCUUCUCUGUGUGCGCAUCCCGAAAAAGACGAGCUGAUUUUAUUCGGAGGGGAAUUUUUCAAUGGGAAGAAAACGUUUCUGUACAAUGAAUUAUUCUUCUACAACAUUAAGAAAAACAUCUGGGUGAAGGCAGAGAUCCCGAACCCUCCUCCAAGACGCUGCGCUCAACAGGCAGUGGUAGUUCCCCAGGGUGGAGGGCAGAUGUGGAUAUUUGGAGGGGAGUUUGCGUCUCCUGAAGGCGAGCAGUUCUAUCAUUAUAAAGAUCUGUGGGUGCUUCACCUGGGGACACGCACAUGGGAGCAAAUCAAAGCUCCUGGUGCUCCGUCUGGCAGGAGUGGGCAUCGAAUGGUCCUGAGCAAAAGACAGCUGCUUGUGUUUGGAGGCUUCCAUGAGAGCGCCAGGGAUUAUAUUUAUUACAAUGAUAUUCACGCUUUCAACCUGGACACAUUCACAUGGAGCCGUCUCCAGCCCACAGGAACUGGCCCCUGUCCCCGUUCAGCCUGUCAAAUGACCCCCACUCCUGACGGCAACGGCGUCAUCAUCUACGGCGGAUACUCCAAAACUAGAGCGAAGAAGGAUGUGGAUAAAGGAACCAUCCAUUCUGACAUGUUCCUGCUGAGGAGGGAAGGCAAAGAGGAGCAAGAAAAGUGGACAUGGACGCGAGUGAACCCUUCAGGAGUCAAGCCCCCUCCUCGGUCUGGCUUCUCUCUGGCGGUGGGCCCCGGGGGCCGGGCGCUGCUCUUCGGUGGCGUCUGUGAUGAGGAAGAUGAGGAGUCUCUGGAAGGAGACUUUUUUAAUGACCUUUACUUUUAUGAUAUCAACAAAAACCGGUGGUUUCCUGCUCAGCUAAAGGGCAGCAAGUCAGAAAAGAAGAAGAGGCGCCGUGGGAAGAAGGAAGAACAGACGAAUGAAACUGAAGGGGAGAAAGAGGAGCCACAAGGUCCCACUGAGAUUAUUAAAGAGGUCAUGGCUGAGGAUGGAACGGUUAUGACCAUCAAGGAAGUGAUUCCAGCCACACAGGCAGAGGAGGACAGUGAGGAGGAGGAGGAGGAUGAGGAUGGCGAAGAGGAGGAGGCGGCUGCAAUGGCUCCCCUGGUGGAGCCCUGUCCUCGCUCCAGCGCCAUGGCAACGGUGAAGCACAGCAAGUUGUACUUGUACGGCGGAAUGUUUGAGGUGGGAGAUCGACAGUUCACACUCAGCGAUCUCUACAGCCUGGACCUGCAUAAGAUGGACCAGUGGGACGUUCUAGUGGAAAUGGACCCCAAGACGCAGGAGUGGCUGGAAGAAUCAGAAUCAGAAGAUGAAGAAGCAAAGGGUGGUGAUGAGGAGGAAGAUGGUGAGGAAGAGGAGGAUUCCGAAGAGGAGAGUGAAGAAGAUGCAGACCAUCCUCCAGUAAAGGCCGGAGAAGCGCUUGCAGAUUAUCAAACACGGACUGAGAAAUACUGGCUGGGUCUGGCCCGAGCCAACAUGGGUCCUGACGCCAAAGAGAAGAAAGUACAAAAGGUCGGCCACGCCAUGGCCAAGGUGUUCUUUGAGGAUCAGGAAUGAGAUUUAACGUGUGUGUCUGUGUGUGUGAAAGUGAACAAAAGAGAACGGAUGGAUGCGUGUUUGAGUUUUAAAGCAGCUAAAGCAUGUUCUUCUGACUUUAAUGUUUAAAAACAUGGCCUUACUCUUUUCUCACUAUUUUGUCCAUGUGUUUUUAUUAUUAAUAACAGAAGCUGAAUCUCAAAAUAGUUUCAUUAUUUGCAUUAAGCAUUUUUCCCCCCUGCUUCCCGUAACCCUUUCUAAUCCGAUUCAGAAGCCAUUUUUGGGUUGUGACCACUGCUCUAAAUCAGGGGUUUUCAACCUGUGGGGCCAGCACCUGUCAAGGGGGGC